AGACCUAAUAAUAACCAGUGAAGCGUCAACCUCGCCGAAACCGCCUUUCUUUGAAGCAAAGCUCGCCGGAGUUGCUUCCCUUGCUCGUAUCUUGCACCCAAAGCAACAACCGGACGGCACGGGGUACUACUAGUCUGCGUAGAACAAAAACCGUAAGCAACCGGCUCAUUAGUGUCCUCCGGCCAAGACCAUAUCGCAUCCUCGUCAUGGAACAAUAUGGUUCAUUCAUAAAAGAGAGAAAAGUGAGAUAAGGGAGGAGGAGAAGAUGAUGCUCGAUAAGGGCUCGCUGGACCUGGUGCUGGUGCCGUGUGGCCUUGUCAUCAUGUUCGGCUACCACCUCAUCCUCCUCUACCGGAUACUCCGGCAUCCGGCCGCCACCGUCAUCGGCUACGAGAAUCACAACAAGCUGGCGUGGGUUCGCCGCAUGGCCCAGGCGACACCGGAGGAGACGGGGCUGGCGAUGAGCGUGAUCUCCAGCAGUAUCGCGGCGUCCACCAACCUGGCCUCGCUGUCCAUCGCACUGGGCUCGCUCAUCGGCGCCUGGGUCAGCAGCACAAGCAAGGUGUUCAUGACGGAGCUCGUCUACGGCGACAACAGCCAGGCGACGGCGGCGGUCAAGUACAUCUCCCUCCUCGUCUGCUUUCUGGUGUCCUUCACUUGCUUCAUCCAUUCCGCAAGGUACUAUGUCCAAGCCAGCUUCCUGGUGACCACGCUCGACUCCGACGUCCCGGCGAGCUACAUGCAGCAUGCGGUGAUCCGAGGCGGCAACUUCUGGUCCAUGGGGCUCCGAGCACUCUACUUCGCAACGACGCUGCUGAUGUGGAUAUUCGGGCCAAUACCUAUGUUCGUCUGCUCAGUGUUCAUGGUGUUCAUCCUACACAUGCUGGACAGCAACUCCCUGCCCCUGCACCAGUACCAGUUCACAGUUAGGAAAGGGCGUGAUCAGGGGGCUCUGGCAUCUAUUCUAGCUACAAGCCAACCAAGUCCUCAAAAUGCAAUUAUCAAUAACCCAAUAUUAUCGCCUGUAAGAUUCUUCAGUUGAUCAUGUAAAUAUUUCGUUACAGAACCUGCACGUAUGUGCCAAGUUCCGUCACAUGUGACGAACGAUCA